AGUCUGGAUUCAGAUUUAGACCCUGUUGCUCUUUCUACUCGAGCCCACCCUUUGUUUACUUCCACACAUCUCAGUUCUGGUGUAAAGUGGACCGACCUGGCUGCCAUUCAGUCACAACUCCAGAUACAGAGCCAGAUGAUCGAGUCGCUGAAGUGGCAACUCCAUAAUCUGGAACGGGAGAAACAGUUUCAAAAUCGUCAUAUUCAGAAUCUACAAGAGGAGGUUCACUGUCUCCAUGAGGGGCUGGUGGAAAGACAAACGGAGGAAAUGAGAAUAAGGCGCAUCAAGCAGGUCACGUCCAUGGACAAACUGGAAGACAGUUUUAACUCGAAGCUUCACAGAGAGGAACUGAACGACCUGCGGAGAGAGGUCGAGCAGCUGAAAACAUUGCUCAGGAGACAGGAGACAGACCUGCACCUCCAGCAGAAAGAGGCAAGGGAGACCAGAAGACUGUAUGAAUGCAGCUGCAAAACACUGGCGGAGCUGACAGAGUGCUGCAGAACACACAGGGAUGAUUUGGUAAAAACUCUCUCCCAGUAUUCCCACACUCAGCAAGAGCUCCAUCACAUCAGAACAGAGUUGUCAGAACUAAAGGAUGAAGUGAGAAGUCUCUCCUCCAGAGGACAGGAGCCAACAUCUUUGUUGUCUCCAACAUCAGCGGCCCCACCUCUACCAGUCCCUCAUGGCCACAGCAGGCGGUUCAGAGCAGACGAGACAGAUUCUGACUCGGAGGACUUCAGCCCAACCUUGAGCCUAGCCGAGAUCAGCUCAGAUGAUCUGUCGUGGCUGGAUGACAAAGAACCAGCUCAACGACUACGAACGCACCUCAGUGUUCAGUCCAAGCGGAGUGAGUUUGCUGUUCCGGGCUCAGAUGUAGAGGAUCGUGUUGACAGCGAUGGUGAUGAUCUUCUAGACGACGUUGAUAACCUGGAGUCAGGAUCCAACCUAAGUCUUAGUGACCUUUGACCUUUGAAGGUGUUAGCGGGGUUGAGAACAGCAGGCAGCCUCAAUAAAACAUAAUAAAAUAAAUAAUAAAACAAACUUGGCACAGAAGACAGUAUAUAGAUGUAUGUAAGUUAAUCCUGUUGUUUAAUCUGCUUUGGUAUAUACUUGUACU